AUGCGAGACAAGAAUAGAUGCAGCCCCGCACGUGCGGUGUGGCUCCACGAAGUGAGGAGAAAGUGGCAGAGCUGCCAUCUCAGAAGAAUACAUAUAUAUAUAUGUGCGUGUGUGCGUUUGUUUGGCAAUGAUGCUCGGUUCUCCACCCACCCCUGUUUUUCUCUCUCUUUUUCACGCAUUCUCUCUAUUGCUCCCACACUACUGCGAGGGGGCAGAGGAGACACAGCAAGGGCCUUCCGUGCACGGUAUAUGUUGCGCGUUACGCUGCGGCCCCUCGGCGGGCAGCGGCGCUGGUGGAAGGAAGGCCGCCCGGACUUCGCGCGGGCAAAUGAGCGACGCAUGCGGCUGGAGCAGCGGCGCAUAGACGCGAGCCGCUACCACGCGCCGGUGGAACCCACGCCGCAGCAGGCCUGCGAAUUGUACCGGCAGCUCCUCAAGGCG